AUGAAGACCGUGGAGUUUCCGCGGAUGGAUAUCAGUGACGCUAAGGAGUGCAUUGUUCGCGAUUACUGGUAUAGCAAUUUCGAUUCGUUGAAUGAUCUGGCAAAUGGUAUUAGCUCUCAGGACAACGAAGGCGAAGUCGGUGUUCAUGAAUUGUCAUCAGACUUCAUCCAAACUCGAAGAGAAGAAUGGAGGAAUUAUGCUGAUAGGCUGCCUGCUCCUUUUGUCACACAACCAGAAUCCUUAGCUGAAGCUCCGUCCACAGGCAAGCCCGUUUUGGGUUGA